GAAAAAGAGCAGCAGCGAGUCUUACAACAUUGAUUGUUUGACCCGUUUUUCCACGUAAGUACAUUUUUUUAAGGUUGAAGCAAAUUGAUUGAAAAAAAGCUAGAUAUCAGAUAAAGUGCAAGAAAAGAGUACUACUUUGUUGGUCCUCUACUUCUUCGUUUUGUUCAUUCGCAUCAGUAUCUAUUGACUCGUAGUCACAGUUUGCUAUUUAACGCAAAAAAUACGUCCACUUCGACUAACAACAUAAUUUACAACACUGUGUGAGUAAGAGUAUUUCUGUCUUCUAAUUCUUCUACGUACUUCAACUUGAAAACGUGCUGAUUUGAUCUAAGUCCUCUUUCAGUACAUCGAUCAACAGUAAGGUUACCUUAAUCUUCCUCUACAAAAGGAGCAGUUGAACUACAGACAGUAAGUAUUAGCUAAGGGAACUACAUCAAAAGGAUAAGGAUGGGUCGCAAGCAUAAGAGGAAUGGUCCCCGUGGAUCCUCUUCAUCGGGGGUUUGUUCUUCCUCUGCUUCUUGUGCCUCUUCCUCGUGUGCGAAGACGGGCUCUACUCUUUUGGCUGUGGCGUCAACGCUUUCUCACAGUCAUGGCAGCACAACGGUGGUGGGAGAGCUAAUUACGGCACGGCGAGGUGCUGGUCUCAUUACGCCCGUCAAGAACACCUACAACACGGAUCAUGCGGAAGAUGACGUUGAACCAAUUGCGAUGAUGAAGCAGAAGGAGGGUGACGCGACCGCGAGUGAACAUGGGCAUGCGCAGUUCCUUUUAGCAGGAGACGUCUCUUUGUCUAGCAAGGAUCUGGACGGAAGCAGUGGGUUCACGGAGGUCAGGCGGAGUUUACUGUCCGUUUUUGGAAAAAAAGGCCAAGAGCAAAAGAAAGAGUUGGAGACUUCCAUGAAGGAGAAGUUGGAGAAGAAAUCGAAGGCGAGCCAGGACGUGGUGGAGGCAUUGUAUAGCAAUCCAGGUCUCAGUGCUGAAAAAAAGCGGAAGAUCCUGAAACGCAUGAGCGAAAAUUACGAAACCUGGGGACCUGCAGUCGAUGCUUAUACGUCAGUGAAGGAGCAACUGGUGAAAGUACUGGGAGAUGAGCGUGGUGCGGCCGAUCUUCCCACUUCGCGUGAAGCGUUCUUUAAUAGGUUUCUUUCUUCUUCUACUCCAUGGUAUUUGGAACCGGAGAACUUGUUUUUGAUGCAGGGCCGACCAAAUUUCGCUACGUUAGCGAAGCCCGAAGCUGCUCCUUCGCGACAGGGGGGGGACCUUGCACACAACAUGAAGGCAGCACUGCGAGAUUUCCUGGCUCUGGAUACAUCGAAGAUCGGCAAACUAAACGAUGGGCUGGCCCUGCAGAGGUCAGAUGUUGUGCUCGGGUUGUUGAACAACAAUAACAAAAGUCUCACAGUCAACACGGCUACUGAGAUCUUGCGUCAUCUCGUGUAUGAUGUGUUUCAGAGGUUGAUCGUCCCACAGGCCAGAGAGUUCAAUCUUGACUUGAAAGGCUUUUUUCAAAAUCAACCGCCUUUCGUCCUUCGCAGGACAGUGGAUCCCCGAAACGAGCAUCUGAUGAAAUAUAUCGUGGAAGCACUGGGCACGAGCAACAGCGACAAGGCCGUUGUGGCUCAAGCGAAGCGCCUGUUCGAAAAUGUAAAUGAAAAGCUUGCUAAGAAUUUACGCGAAACGGCUAUCCAGCUAACCGAAACUGAGUUGAAGCGACGGGGGCGAGACGGCUUAAAGACGGUAGAAAAUACGCGCAUGACAAUGACUCCACAAAAAAUCUACACGAUUCUGGAGGCAAUCGUGAAGCUCGUUCAAAUGGGUGUUGAUUUGUCGACUGCGAAAGGUCAACUUCAUAUAAGAGAUGAUCAGGAUCUCGCACCCAGCCAAGUUGAUGGAAUAGACGCAAGUCUUUUGGAAGAGAUGGCAUUCGUUGUUCCACAUGCGACAGAAAACCUGGCGAAGGUGCUGGGUAACGAGAUUGCGAAUGGCAAAGAGCUUGUCAGUCAAGUGCUCCUGCUCGGGCACGGAAAAAGUCCGGACUUACACAAUCGAUUGAGGGCACUAAAAGGCUUAGUGUCCUUUUCGGCUUCGGUCGGAAAGAAAACGGCGACUGCGCAGCAAGUGCGCACCAUCUUGGCGAGCACUGCACAGCUCGCGAUCGCGCUGAGCAACUACUAUGACUUUUCACAGGUGCAAAAUCUAGUGGAAGCAGUGCUCACAAACAAGAAUCUCAAAGAAACAGACCAGAAAGUGGCAAAAAUAGAAGGCGUGGCUUCUUUUUUCAAGAGCAAAGGUACCCUAGAUCCAUUAAAGGCAAAGCUCAGCUCAGUUUUUCCGGAUCUGAAAAAGGGGCUCUCAGAAAUGGCGGCAAAUCAAAACGUUUCUGAGGAAAUAGAAAAGGCAUGCAAUUGACGAUAUAAAUAAGAUCGAAGGAUGAAGAUUUCCAGGACUCACACUUUUUUGUUUCCGGCAGAGGAAGGAACCAAUGAAAAGCGCGGUCAAAAACUAAACGUCUAUGCGUCUAGGAAAAUUAUCAAGAAAAUAGACAGGGUCAGCGUCAGGGAUUUCUUUUUCAUAGCUGCAAAUAAUUUGAGUAUUAAGCUUAAGCAGCGAUCACUAUCAGCGUUAGGCGAUUGAAAAAAGCAACCACGACGUUUUGCUUUUACUUUUAGUCGACAAUAUUUUUUCUCAUUUUCUGUGGUGGGUUGCGAUAUUGAUAUGAUAGAUAUCAUCAUAGAAGUUGGUUCAGUUAGAAGAUAGCGUCGAAGUUGCCAGGUGUGCUGGAGCUGUCUAAUAGCGUCUUCAUGUGAUAGACCUUCUUCUUCCGCAUGGUCAUGAGAGCUGUAAAAUUACUUUGAGAUUAUGAAGGGAAUCCGAGAUGAAGUCAUAAUAUAGGCAUGUGCAGCUGCUAGAAGUAGGUGCACGCAAGAGGAACAAGAAAGACUCAAAAAAUUUUGAAGAAUGUCUAUUGGAAUCGAACGAUUACUACGGAUCGUCGAUGUUGAAAACGUACAAUUUUUUGACAUAAUAGAGAUAAAGAAGCGCAAUUAUAAUUAUUAGGCUAUUGGUACUAUGUAGGACACCAUGAUGAGGGUCUGCUAUAGAUGUCUACGAGGACUUUCCAUACUGGGAUGGGUCAACAUUAUUCUUUGAAUGUUUGACAAACCGAGCCGCGCGGCAGUCUGCACUGAAAACUGUGCGAG